AUGUUCACAUUUGAUGGUGACAUUGGCACGAAGAAAGUUUUGUUGGUGAUGAGGUCGGUGCGAAGGAAGCUUCAUGUGGACGGUGUCGAAAUCGAGACUUUGGCCAUGAAUAGCAUGUGUCGAUGUGGCUUUGAGGAGUGUGAAGUGCCGAUCCGACCCUUAGAAAUUGCACAUGUGCAAGAAGGCACGCGUAUGGCAGCGCGAGCAUACGCUCAAGACGGCAGGGAAGCACAAGUGCGCGCGCGCGCAAGACAACGAACACCCGACAAUGAUGGCACACGAAGAAACGCAGGGAUGGGAAGCGCCAACAAGAUGGAUGACGGUGCUGGUGAGCGGCAAGGCGACUCACCAGAUGCGGGGAAGCAACACGCGAGCGAAAAAUACAGUGCGAGGCAUGGGAGCGUAGUGCGCAAACCCAAGGGGUGGAGGACACAUGGCCGAAGAACGGCACGAGGAGUACUCGUUCUCGUUCUAGUUUUGGGGAUUUUCGACGAGGAGCCCACUUUUCCAUUCAAGUUUCUAGGGUUUUUCGAUGAGGAGCCCACGUUUUCAUUCGAAUUUCCAGAUACUUUGACGACGUGGAGGCCACCAAGCUGGUGGACGAGCAAGCCUCAACCGAUUACAAUGGCCUACCCAUCUUCGAUAUUUAUUUCGAAGAUGCCAAAGAAUUGGUACAAGGACUGCAAAGAUGUGUUUCACAUUCGUCAAGCGAACGACAUUGACCUUGGAGAUGGCCCGGCUGGAUCGUCCAUUCAUCAGUCGAUCAUUCUUGACGAGCCCGAACCAGAACAACCCGAGGAAAUGGAGAUGAAUACGGUCGAGCUUGACCUGGUUGCGGUCGAGGGAGCUGAGACUGGGGAUGAAGAAGUGAUUGUUGUGGUCGAGGGGGCUAAUUUUGGACUCAAACAGAAUGAGAUGAAGUAA